AUAAGUCUGUGAUAUGUCAAAUUCGCCAAAAUUUGCGUCAAAAAUAGUUUACGUUUUUGCUUGUUAGAAAUUUAGAAAAUAUUCUUUUAAUUUAAAUUAAAAAUCUCGUGGUUUAAAUCAUUGAAUAAUUCAAUUUAAAAAUAUGAACCGAAGACGUGCUCACGAAGAAGAGGAUGGCUACGAGCGUCUACAUAGAAAACGUCGUCGAGUAUCAGAAAACCAAGAGAUUGAAGAUAGAUUGGAGUCGCUAAUUUUAAGAGUUGGAGAGAAGAGUAGCUCCAGUUUAGAAAGUAACUUGGAAGGUUUAGCAAGCGUUUUGGAGGCAGAUUUGAGUACAUUUCGCGUUAAAAUCUUACGUAUUUUAACAGAGUGUGCAAUACGUAUGCCAGAAAAGUGUACGAUAUAUGCUACAUUAGUUGGUCUACUCAACGCAAAGAACUAUAAUUUUGGCGGUGAAUUUGUUGAUUAUAUAGUGAAAACUUUUAAGGAGAAUCUUAAAACUGGCAAAUGGAACGCGGCUCGGUACUGUUUGAGGUUUAUAUCUGACUUGGUGAACUGCCACGUGUUGGCUGCAUCAUCUUUACUGACUUUGCUUGAGACACUAGUUGAUUGCGCGAAUGAGGAUGGUGUGCCUCAAGUGAGACGAGACUGGUUUGUUUUUGCCGUUUUGGCCACACUGCCUUGGGUGGGCAGAGAAUUGUAUGAAAAGAAGGAAUCACAAUUGGACCAUCUACUUGUAACAAUUGAAGUUUUUCUAAACAAACGCAGCAAGAAACACUGGCCAGCACUAAAAGUGUGGUCUGCAGACUCCCCACACUUGCAAGAGGAGUAUUUAGACUGUCUGUGGGCACAGAUUAGGAAACUCAGACAAGAUAAUUGGUCUGAGAAACAUAUUCCAAGGCCCUAUUUGGCUUUUGAUUCCAUUUUGUGUGAGGCCUUGCAGCAUACACUACCUACAAUUCAGCCACCACCACACAAUGAUGGGGAUACAUACCCAAUGCCACGAGCAAUCUUCCGCAUGUUUGACUACACUGACUGCCCCGAUGGCCCUGUGUUACCAGGAGCACACUCCAUAGAGAGAUUCCUUAUAGAAGAGCACCUCCAUAACAUCAUAGAAGCAUACCAUUUAGAGAGGAAAGAAUGUGCUGCCCAACUUCUAUGUUUCCCAUACAAAGCUAAAAUACCCUUAGAGUACUGUAUAGUGGAGGUUAUUUUUGCUGAACUGUUUAACUUGCCUACUCCUAGAUAUUUGGAGAUCUGCUAUGGGUCAAUUCUUAUAGAGUUGUGUAAGCUCCAGCCAUCAACUAUGCCACAAGUUUUAGCACAGGCAACUGAAAUUCUGUUCAUGAGGAUUGAUUCUAUGAAUAUUGCAUGCUUUGAUAGGUUGGCGAAUUGGUUUGCAUACCAUCUAAGCAACUUCCAGUACCGUUGGUCGUGGGAGGAGUGGGAGUCCUGUGCUCAGCUGGACCCAGACCAUCCCAAGCCCAGGUUCAUUAGAGAAGUGCUUGGGAAAUGUUUAAGAUUGUCAUACCAUCAAAGGAUAAAGGACAUGACACCAGAGUCCCUCGCAGCAUUUGUGCCUUUGAAGCCAGAACCCAUCUACAAGUACUCUAUGGAAGGUGCAGCUUCCUUACCAGGAACAGAAGCAGCGCACCAACUGGUCGUGUGCGUGCGCAACAAAUGUACCCCAGAAGAAGCUCUCAACGUGUUGAGAGAACUUCCCAAUCCGUUGAGGGAAGGGGACGCGAGCGCGGCGCAUGCGGCGUACAACCCUCUCAAAAUAGACGUGUUUGUCCAGACCCUGCUCAAUCUCGGCAGCAAGAGCAUCUCACACAGCUUUGCUGCUAUAUCGAAGUUCCAUUAUGUUUUUAAGAUCCUUGCGGAGUCGGAGGAGGCACAGAUCUACAUCCUGCGUAACGUGUGGGAGCUGUGGCAGCGUCACACUCAGAUGGUGUGCGUGCUGGUGGACAAGAUGCUCAAGACGCAGAUCGUGGAGUGCUCGGCCGUGGCCACCUGGCUGUUCAGCAAGGAGAUGGCGCCCUACUUCACGCGCGGCGCGCUGUGGGAGAUCCUGCAUCUCACUAUUGACAAGAUGAACAAGCACGUCACCAAACUGAGUAAAGAAUUACAAGAGGCGAGAGAGGCUCUAGCUAGAGCGGACUCGAGCAGCUCUGAGUCAGAAGACGAGAGCGGCAGCAAGAAGAAGAAGGAUCAUGACAAGCCCACAGAAGAGGCAGUGGAGCGUAUGGAGGAACGCUUGGAGAUGGCGCACACAGACCAGAAGCGUCUGUUCCUGAUCGUAUUCCAGAGGUUCAUCAUGAUCCUGUCGGAGCACCUGGUCCGAGCCGACACGGACGCGCGAGAUCCUCACACGCACUGGUACAAAGCCACCCUGGCGAGACUGCGACAGGUCUUCUUACUGCACCACGAGCAAGUGCAAAAGUACAGCAGCACUCUCGAAACGCUUCUCUUCACGCAGGACCUGGAUCCACACAUCUUGGACGUUUUCCAUCAGUUUGUAGCACUUACCGCGUAACUCAGAUGUAACAUAGACUUCAGGUGUACACUAUUCCUGUAUUUCUAACUGGUUGGCUCGAAUUAGAUGUUUUGAUUGAGUGAAAAUACUGGGUGAAUAUUAUAUGAGGCAUGGAAGAGGGGUAUUUCAAACAAAUAUCGCACUGU